UCCACCUUGUCCUCCAACCUGCUUGUACAUUCCUGCUCUUUGAAAUCUGGGACCUGAUUUCCCUACCCUUCCGCCCCAUUCACCGCCUCCGCCGCCCAACAUGCACCUGCCCGAAACAAUUUGACCUUCCGCGAGCUUCCGCCUCUUUCAAUAGCUCCAUCAAAGGACAUAGAACCACCCGGAACAGGCCAACUUUCCGCUGUGUUCCGCCCUAGUCACAACAUGUAUAUAAAAACUCCAUCCACUCCCCAUAUUUUUCCAAACUAAACAUCGACAAAGUCAAAAUGUCGGACGCAAUCCCAGCGACUAGUGCUUCGCUUGAAGCAAGUAUUGAGCUAAUUAUGCCCUACGCCGACUUCUACCACGAGGUCACCGUCAACCAGCCCCGCUUUCUCCAUCGCUUAAUGUCCGGCAGCAUUGAAAACAUUCUCCUCAUUAUCCCGGGUUCGUCCACCUCCGACGAUUUCAUUGCCCCAACCAAAUCUCCGGCAGAAGCUUUGGACAAUGAGCUCGACUUCAUGGAGAAUACAGAAGGGGGCGAAUCCAGAAUUAACUUGGCGACUGCGGACUGGGCGAAGAUGGACGCUUGGGCAGACAAGAUGUUGGAGGAUUUGAAGUUAAUGGCUAAGAUGGACGUCCGGCGAGCGGAGGGAGGAGAUGGAGAUGUAGAUGAGAGAACUAAGGAGAUCGUUGAGUGGGUGGCCCCGGAAGUCAGAUUUGUGGAGAGGGAGGCGAUGAGCGGAAGCGAAAGUGAGGGAGCGGAACCAGGUGAGGGAAUGGAGGUGGAGCAGGAUCAAGCUCUUCCGCCAAAGUCCGGGCCAGAGUCGAGCAUUGAUCUUGCCUUUGGGCAAUCCAUUGCUCGGGGCCGCAGAAAGACGUGCAACCAGAAAGCCAGAUAGCUUAUUUCAGAGUUGGAGCUUGCCGCAGAUGACGGAC